AUGAGGGUUGCAUUUACUGCUUUUUUGAGCCCCCAGACAAGCUGCCUCGGGCCUUUCACCAAGAACAGUCCCGUUCCUUACGAUGACAUCAUCCUAAACCAUGGUGGUGGAUUCAAUCCAGCUCUUGGCAUCUUUACAGCUCCUUGCUCAGGCCUCUACUCCUUCUCAUACUCUGUCUACUCCAAGCUAGGAGAGAGGAUGUACUACAAGGUGCAGCUGAUGAAAAACACUGAGGAAGUGGCCUCUACAUGGGAGGAAAACAGGGAGGACUCGGAAGACAACAGCUCUCAAGUAGUGUUGCUGUCCCUGAGUCAGGGUAUUCAAGUUUACGUGGAGCUGGUAAGCGGCAGGCAACUAUGUAGGAACGUUCGAGGCCUGAACUCAUUUACAGGCUUCCUGCUUUACCCCGCGUCGGCUUAG